UUAUCUGUGAAUUUGUUUACUGCAGAUUGAAGUGUUUCUGCAUAAUGGACAAACUGUUGAAGGGUCCCUAGUGAUGUGCAAUUUGCAUUAUAAUAUUGCCAUUGUGACUAUCAAGUUUCCAGGAUCCCGGAUAUAUCUUCCGGUGGUGGAACUCAGUGAUCUCCCUGAAUGUUAUUCCUUGCAGCCUAGGCCUGUAGUUGCUCUAGGUCGGGACAUGUACUCGAAAGAUUUUCAGAUGAGAUGUGGGGAGCUGGUCCGAACAAACAGCGAGUUAGACUGCAAUGAGCUCUUGUGCCAGAGUUUUAUUGGUGGGCCUGUCAUGGAUUUUGAAAGAAGAGUCCUUGGCAUCACCUUUUCCUACCGGGAAACUACUCCAUUUUUGCCGGUUGAGAUUGCAGCAAGAUGCCUGAAAUACUACAAGCAGUCGAAAACAUUGCCAUGGCUUCGCAUAAGGGGACAGGCUCUUCACACGCUGGACCUAUAUGUCCUGGAAAGUAUAUGGUGCAAAUUUUCUGAGCCACCUUCUGGAGUUCUGGUAAACAAGAUUUGCGGCCUCUCAGCAGAAAAAUGUGGAGGCAUUGCUGUUGGUGAUGUCAUCUCACAACUUGAUGGGGUUAAUCUUUGCUCUGUAGCACAGUUUAGUGCGAUAUUUCUGGAUAAAAUGGUGGAUGCAACGGGUACGCAGAAUACAGUGACAUUGCAGGCUGUUGUACAUAGACCCACAGAUCAGACUACAUUUGUUGCGAAGCUGAAUGUACAACAUGUUGCCUCUGAUGAAUGUGACAAGUCAUUCCAAAAUAGAUGGAUGCGUGGAAGGAGCUAUGGUUCCCGUGAGCACUUUGCAGUCAGAAGAUAAUGUGAGUACAUUAUUAGGCAAAUAGAAGAAUAGCGUCAAGAAGGCUACUAAAACAGGUCGCGAGACGAGCUUAGCUCAAUUGGUUCCAAGUGCGCUUCGAUACAAAUUUGGUUGCAAUAUUUUGUAUUUAUUGUUGCACCUAGUUCCUCUAGGUUGGUAGGUUUUUAUUUUAUUUUAUGAAUCGGUCAAAACUUCACAGUCUUUGUGAUCAUAUUUUCUCGAGAGAAAAAAAAAUCCUUUUUGACCCCUCAA